GAUAUUAGUAAUAAGAAAGCUGGGAAUUACGACUGCAAGCAUGGUUGGAGCACCCGAUGUUGUCAAACCGUCAGAUAAAGUCGAAUUCUACUCUCCUCACGUCAACGGAAACCCGAUAUUUACUAUUAGCGAUGAGAUUGGCAGCCCGGACAGUGGAUUUACUAUGGCAUCGAUAAAUUCAAACGGGGACCUAAAAAGCCCCGGAAGCCCACCGGAUAAGAAGAUCACCGAUGCUGAUGCUGAAAAACAACCUUUGUCUGGCAAGAAAGAGGAGAGAUGGUGGAGUACGCUGAUGCAGGUCGCGGUACCCUUCUUCAUUGCUGGCUGUGGUACCAUCGGAGCUGGUCUGGUUUUAGGAAGUGUGAGGAACUGGGACGUUUUCCGAGAAGUACAGGCCAUACUAGUCUUAGUGCCAUCUCUAUCAGGCUUAAAGGGAAAUCUCGACAUGUGCCUUGCGUCUCGGCUUUCGACUCAAGCGAAUCUUGGAAACAUGAAGUCGUCGCGAGAAGUUGUAUCGAUGGUGAUCGGAAACAUAUCAUUAGUUCAGGUGCAAGCGAUAGUGGCUGCGACGGUGGUGUCAAUGUUCGCGGUGGUGGUCAACACCAUAGCAGACACCUUCAACGGUGAAUACGUGCUUUUGCUGACAUCGUCCGCCAUCUUCACCGCUACCACUACCUGUUUUGUAUUGGACUUCGUUAUGGUAAUGGUGAUAUACGGGUCGCAGAAGUUCAAAGUGAAUCCAGACAACGUCGCCACGCCCCUCGCAGCCUCUAUCGGGGACAUCGUCAGCAAUUCCGUACUCGCUGUCACCGCUCAGUACAUGUUUGAACAAAUAAAGUUAUCUCUAUGGCAGCCAAUCGCUCUACUCUGCGUCUACUACAGUCUUCUGCCGGUCUGGGUGUUCAUUGUUUGGAAGAACAAGUAUACCAAGACCGUACUGACUACUGGAUGGACGCCUGUCAUUUCUGCCCUCUUUAUCAGCGGUAUCGGAGGCAUUGUCCUCGAUCAAGCGGUAAACCAGUUCCAAGGUUACGAAGUGUUCCAGCCAAUAGUGAACGGAGUCGGUGGUAACCUCGUCUGCGUCCAGUCUUCAAGAUUGGCAACCAACCUUCAUCAGACUGCGAUACCCGGUGUACUGCCUGAGAACACGAGGAUUAUCGAAUGGCCUUGGAAGACGUUAUUCUAUGGAACGACCGCAGCUAAAGUCGCAAGAAUGUUGCUCGUUCUUGCGCUGUGUGGUCAGAUCAUAUUCAUGGUGGUGGCAGACUUUGUAUUCCAAGGGUUUGUCUCACUGCAGUUCGCGUUUGGAAUCACAUAUGUGCUGUGCUCACUGACACAAGUUAUGGUGCUUUUGUAUCUAUCGUACAUGCUGAUUCACUUCAUGUGGAAGUUAAAAAAGGAUCCAGACAACGCCGCUAUACCGUAUCUAACAGCGUUGGGCGAUCUCUUGGGCUCAGUUUUCCUCCUCCUAGCGUUCCUAAUUCUAUCCUUAUUCGGUUUGGAUUACGGUAACAAUGUUUCGAAGUAGAUAAUUAAAAACGGUCUAAAGAAAAAAAGGGCAUAAAUAAAAUUUUUACUCUGAAUCUUAA